UUUUUAGACGCAUUCAACAAGAACGUUUUGCGACGUUUGUUGCUCUCGCCAGACUCGGGAGACGAGGAGCAACAUGUCGUCGUCGUAUGACGAGGGGAAGAAUGUUGGCGAUGAGAGUGUCGUUUCCGUGACGGGAGGCGGUGCAGAGGGCGAUGUAUCAAUCGAUCUUUCCUCCUUCAGCAGCAACAUGGUCCUUCCUUCGAGCGUUGGAGACACUUCAAGGAUCAAUGGCGUGGCGUCCAGGGCCGGCCACUCCAAACAAAGCAGGGAGGAGGGAGCUGCCUCGGGUCAGCAACAUGAGGAGGAUCUGUGGGGAAGCAUCCUGAACAGCGUCAAGAGCAGUAGGGCCGUGCCGGUUAAGAAUGUCAUCAUGCUAGGAGAAUCACGGACAGGGAAAUCGACCUUGCUGACACAACUAUCGUCCAAGUCGCCCUCUGGCUUUAUCUCGCACCAUCACAACACGCUCGAGGGCGCCUCGUCAGGUAUCGCCCCCGACCACGAUGGAGCUUCGCCACCGCAGGCGAGCAACAUAGAUGCAAUUGCUCAACAACAACAACAGCAGCAGCAACAGCAGCAAGUGGGGAUGGCGACCGACCUUGGCUUGGGAUAUGGGUAUUUCGAUAUUGGCGACGAUGACGGCGAAGACGUCAUUGCUCGAGUGGGCGUCUACCAGCUCACCUCGUCCCAUCUCUCGUUGCUACCCUUUGCGGUGCCAGCGCCUGCCGAUGCCGCUCGCAAUCAAUCUUCAAAUACUCUUCACGCCCAGGGAGAGGUGAAUGGAACGGCGGCGGCGGGCGAGGGAAGCAGCAACAGCGUACAUAAUUCUAAGGGUCCAAGCACGGACGUGAGCGCCGACCUGCGGCCUCGACCAUCGAUUGAUGCGCUCCGCGACAGUCUCUUUCUCAUCACGCUCGAUUGGGAAUCUCCUUGGACGUUUCUUCGACAGCUGGCAGAGUGGCUCGAAGUGGUCAGGCAGACGGUCGAAGAUGCUGCCGGCAAGGGAAAGGGGCGCAGCAGCGUGUGGUCGAAAGAGGGCGUUGCGCUCGACGAGAUGAAGGAGAAGCUGCAAGCAUACAUUCGAGCCUACGCCGAGCCAUCGGCUCCCGUCGGCACAACAACAGGGACCGGUUCAGCGAACGACCAGGACGUUGGCAACACGAGCGCAAUUGUUGCCGUGUCGAAUCCUACCUUGGAUGGGGAAGACGAUCUGCCGCUGCCAGAAGGCUGCUUGACGCACAAUUUUGGGGUACCCCUCGUCGUCGUGUGCACAAAAGCCGACACGAUUCCGCGACUAGAGCGCGAUCGCGACUUCAAAGAAGAACAGUUCGACUAUAUACAACAGGUUCUCCGCACAGUGUGUUUGAAGUACGGAGCGGCCCUCUUCUUCACUGCACAAGGCAAGACGCAAUCGUAUGACGUCCUACGAUCUUACCUACUUCAUCGACUCUUCACACCUGUCGCCGGUCACGGAUCCGCAGGAAACCCACCAACCUCGAAUGGCUUUUCCACUGGAACAGCAGGCGGCGCUGCUCCUUCCUCCACAGCCUUUCCCUUCCUCCACCGUGCCUCGACGGUCGAACGCGACGUGCUCUUGGUGCCGUCUGGCUGGGAUAGCUGGGGCAAAAUUCGAGCGCUGCGGGAAGGCUUUGAUUGUGCGGGGACAGCCAGCGGCUGGGAGUGGGAUGUGGAAGUGGAGAGGGUGCGGCGAGAAAAGGGUCUGCCGAGCGGCAGUACCGAGGCGGAGGAGGUUGCCGAGCAGACGGUCGACCGGAGGGGCAGAGGCGAGGAGGGCGUGGCGAGCGCAGUCAGGCUCUACGAAGAUAUUAUCGAAGACUGGGAGGACCAGGGGCCCCUCAAUGCGGCCAAUUCGCGAACAGCCGAGCCAGAUGAUCAAGCAUUCCUGCUCCAGCACUACAAUGCUCUGCAAAAGGAUGCGGACCCGAGGAGCCGGUUUGCGCGCACAACGUCAGCAGCCAACAAUCCCUACACCUCUUCCGCUGCCAGUGCCAGUCGUGACGCGGCAGCAGUUGGCGCUGAUGAGGAGGCCGAUGUGGCGAAUGAGGGAGGGCAGCGGAGCGUCGUUGGACCCAUGGGCAGCAGCAGUCUGAGCCUUCCGAGCGUAGAAAGGGCAAUGCAGGAGCGGCAGGAGGACGGCACCCUGGGCUCCUCAUCGAGAGAUGGAGGCGCACGAACGAGCAAGUCGGGCCGGAGCGGGAGGUCAGGCGCAGAACGAGAGAGGGAUCGCGAUGGCCGAGCCACGCCGACGCUCACAGUGGGAGGCACGACGGGAGCUUCGAGGCCAAGGCAAAGUAAUGUGGGCUUGGGCCUGACAUCGCCCUCGUUGGGUGCAGGCGGUGACCCGAUGGAUCGAGCAAGCGCGCACAGUGGCAGUGGCGGACACAGCCGGCCGACGAGCCCCGCGGCGGGCGGAGCACAGAGCCCAACGGGAGCAACGACGCCGGGCGGAGGCGUGCAGACGCCCAAACAGAGCGAGGUCCUCCACUCCUUCUUCCAAAGCUUGCUCAAGGAGAAGAGCACGUCGAGCCCCACGCCGGGUGCAAGAACCAGUAGAGGACCAGGGGGCGCAGGUGUUGGAACGGGCGAGAGGAGGUAGAGCUUAGCAGUUCCCUUCUCAGAUGAAUGCAUCUUCUUCAAGAAUUUUCGCUCCG